CAUGGCAACGGCAGAACACGGGUCUCCCACCGGAGUUGGUCAAAACUGCUGUGAUGGGUCUCCCACCGGAGUUGGUCAAAACUGCUUUGAUGGGUCUCCUGGCGGGGUUUGUCAGGUCGACUGUGACAGCAAAACAAGCGAUGCUGAAUAUCAGGCAGCAGCACAAGUUAUCAUGGAUAACGCUUGUAAGAGAUCCUACAUGUGUGGGGAGUGUGGGUUCAUGACAGCUCGCAAGUCUCACCUAUCCGUACAUAUGAGAACCCAUACAGGAGAAAAACCCUACAAGUGUGACCAGUGUGACUAUUCUGCAGCACGGAGAUAUGAUUUAGACCAACAUCUAGUCAAACAUACUGGUGAAAAACCCUACAUGUGUGGGGAGUGUGGGUACAGGACAGCCCGUAAGACACACUUAUCCCGACAUUUGAGAACCCAUACAGGAGAAAAACCCUACAAGUGUGACCAGUGUGACUAUUCUGCAGCACUGAAACACAAUUUAGACCAACAUCUAGUCAAGCAUACUGGUGAGAAACCCUACAUGUGUGGGGAGUGUGGAUACAGGGCAACUCGCAAGUGUCACUUAUCUGUACACAUGAGAACUCACACAGGAGAAAAACCCUACAAGUGUGACCAGUGUGACUAUUCUGCUGCACAGAAAUCCUCUCUUGAUAAUCAUAUUAAGAACCACGCUGGUGACAAACCCUACAUAUGGAGUGUGGAUACAGGGCAGUUAAUUCCAAAUCAUCCACACAUGUAGCAACCCAUACAGGAGAAAAACCCUACAAAUGUGACCAGUGUGACUAUUCUGCUGUACAGAAAUCGAAUUACGACCAACAUCUGGUGUGGGGAGUGUGGAUACAGGACAGCUCGCAAGUCUGACUUAACAUAUGAGAACCCAUACAGGAGAAACACCCUACAAGUGUGAACAGUGUGACUAUUCAGCAGCACGGAAAUCCAGUUUGGACAAACACAAUGUUGCAUAUAACUAUCUAUGUGAAAGUUAGGAUACAGGACAGCUCAAAGUCCAACAAGGCAAACUCCCCACUGUUGGGAGCUAAAUAUCUCUGUGUUUCCGGAUCGAAACAAUAACUGUAUUUGCUGUGUCUAUGUUUGAGAGGACCACAGUCAAUCCCAGAACUCGAGAUCUGUUUAUAACCCUGUCUAUAUAAUGUUGUAUAUAUAGACAGGGUAUAGCAUGAGUGUCAAUACAUAGUGAAUUUCCAAGUGUUUUGUAAUUCAAACGGUGAAUACGCCCCCUACAAAAAUGUACAUUGAUAUGGUAAGAAAUCUUGAGACAUUGGUGACAAUUAAAAAUGAGAAAAGGGACAUCUCCUUGUUAGUUUGCGAUGUGUACUUGUCAGUGGCUAUAAUACAACUGUAGACCUACAGCGCCUCCUGGCAGAAUCAGUCUGCAUUGCAGCUGCUGAUAAUUACUGUACACAAGUCUGAUUAUUCACAGCAGAACUGCAGAAAUCUUGAAGGCGGUAUCGAGAUUUCGUGUCAUUUCUUUUAAGAGUCUAUUUAUAUCGUUCUGUAAUGUCUGCACGUUCCUACUUGUAAGGAAAGAAAGUAAAAGAAAUGUGGAAAUCUGGAAAUACCAACUUGUUAUGUUGAUCGACAUUCCCUGUACAAAUGUAGUAUCUCAAAAUAUAAAUAAAAGUUCAAUCCUAGUAAGAUCGCUUUGAAUGUUCCUGGUGUCAAAAAAACUUAGUACUGGAGAUAUAUCUGAAUUAUAUUUAUUCAUUUCUGAGAGAAGCCUGUUUGAGACUACGUACACUAGAGCCCAGAGCGA